AUGGCAAAUCCGUCAGUGCCCGUGUCCUCGCCCCCAACAAGGGGAGGCUUCUUGCUUGUUGAUCCCAGGUGUACAGACACCCUGUUUGCCCCCCUCCAGGACGCUCAGUGCGGGAAACAGGUUCUCUCUGCGUGCCUAAGCAUUGGCGUUCUCGUGGGCGGCAGUCUCGUCAAGCUUCCGCAACUCAUCAAGAUCUUGAGAGCCCAGAGCGUGGAGGGUCUGGCCGAGAUGUCGGUUUUUGUUGAAGCCAUCAGCUCUUCCAUCUUUGUGUCAUACAAUGUCCUCGAGGGGCAUCCAUUUGCGACAUGGGGAGAAAUGCUCUUCGUCUUCUUCUGCUCGCGCCUGCCGCAAAUCAAACAGAACUGGACGCAGAAGCACACCGGCCAGCUCUCCGCAGUCACGGGCGUUCUGAUGCUCUGCGGGAACCUCGCGCGUCUCUUCACGUCGCUGGUCUCCCUGUCUGACCAGUUUGUGGUGUUGUCUUGCUCUCUCGCCACGAUUCUGAACGCGAUUCCGCUUUUCCAGAGCGGGGGACAGCUUGCCGUCAGCGGCGGAGGCUCUGCGCCCAGGAUGUUUCUGUACCGCGAAAACACAGCGAAAGUCCUCGGCCGGGGCAGCCUGCAAGGCGCCGCUUCCCCCGGAAGCAAGCGGAAGGCAGCGUGA